GAGAUUUUAGUAAGACAUCGGGGAACUUUUGGCAUACUAACUACAUCCAUACUAUGACCAAUAAUCAUACUAUAUACCCAAUCACGUUACAAAUAGUGUGGUUUAGUAUGAGUAUUUUAACACAGCUCUACGGUCUGGUUUAAUUUAAAAGAACGGAAGGAGAAUCUUUCAACCAGGAAGUGAAUUCAACCAAUAGGAUUUUGGCAAAGCGUCCUAAACUGACGUCAACCCGGUAACGACGAACAACCGGUAGGAUUGUAGAGAAAUCUGUGUUGAUUUUCCGUUAACUGAAUUGUUUUAAUAUACUCAUCUAAAACGUGCAAACAUCAUGGUUUUCGAUGUGAGGAGGUUGGAUAUCUACAGGAAAGUACCCAAAGACCUGACCCAGCCCACAUACACAGGAGCUGUGGUGUCCAUUAUCUGCUGUGUCUUCAUGUUGUUCCUGUUCCUCUCUGAGCUGAAGGGAUUCAUAGCCACUGAAAUUGUUAACGAGCUGUAUGUGGAUGACCCUGAUAAGAACAGUGGUGGGAAGAUUGAUGUGAGUUUGAACAUCAGUUUGCCAAACUUACACUGUGAUUUGGUGGGUCUUGAUAUCCAGGAUGAGAUGGGUCGUCAUGAGGUGGGGCACAUAGACAACUCCAUGAAGGUUCCUCUCAACCACGGACAUGGCUGUCGCUUCGAGGGAGAGUUCACUAUUAACAAAGUACCAGGUAACUUCCACGUGUCGACCCAUAGCGCCACAGCCCAGCCCCAGAGCCCUGACAUGACACACGUCAUACACAAACUGGCUUUCGGGGAGAAACUACAGGUGCAGAAUGUCCAAGGAGCCUUUAAUGCGUUGGGAGGAGCUGACAGGCUGGUCUCCAACCCUCUGGCAUCUCAUGACUACAUCCUAAAGAUUGUCCCAACAGUCUAUGAAGACCUGAGUGGAAAACAGAGGUUCUCCUACCAGUACACAGUAGCCAACAAGGAGUACGUAGCCUAUAGCCACACAGGAAGGAUUAUCCCAGCUAUCUGGUACCGCUAUGACCUCAGUCCAAUCACAGUCAAGUACACAGAGAAGAGACAACCCCUCUACCGGUUCAUAACUACGAUCUGUGCUAUCAUCGGGGGGACGUUCACGGUAGCAGGCAUCAUAGACUCCUGUAUAUUCACAGCCUCCGAGGCCUGGAAGAAGAUCCAGAUAGGAAAGAUGUCCUGAGGACAUAUCACUACGCUGUCCCGAGGACGCAUCACUCACUACGUGUCACUACGCCCUCAUAAAACGUAUUUCUAACAUCCAGAAGGGUGUAUCUCAAUAGUCUACAGGCUUCCUCUCCUUCACCUGCUAGAAUAAUAACAAUAUAUACCAUUUAGCU